CAUCCAUCCCGUUCCGUUCUUCUUCUUGGGCGCCGAUGCAGGGAGGGUGGGAGGCCGCGAGAGGCCGGCGCCUGAGGUCGUCCGCUGCCCGAGGCACAGGGAUGGCUAAGAACAGGCCUCCAGGACCCCAGGGGACAGCCCUGAUCUACGACAAGGACAUGGCCCGGGUCCGGCUGCUCUGGGACGACCCCGAGUGUGCCAUCGAGGUCCCCGAACGCCUGACAUCCACGUACUCCCGGCUUUGUCAUCGAGGACUGGCACAGAGGUGUGUGCAGCUGCCGGUCCGCGAGGCCACGGAGGAGGACCUGGAGCUGGUGCACAGCCCAGAGUAUGUGGCUGUGGUGAAGGGGACCCAGACCAUGAGCAGAGAGCAGCUCCAUACCCUGGCGCAGCAGUAUGAUGCCGUCUACUUUCACCCGAGUACGUUCCCUUGUGCACGGAUGGCCGUGGGCGCCACCUUGCAGUUGGUGGACGCGGUCGUGACCGGAGCUGUAGGCAAUGGGAUGGCGCUGGUGAGGCCUCCCGGACACCACAGCCAACGAGACGCCGCCAACGGCUUCUGCGUGUUUAACAACGUGGCCAUUGCUGCCGAGCACGCCAAGCGGAGACAUGGGCUGCAGAGGAUCCUGAUUGUUGACUGGGAUAUUCACCAUGGGCAAGGGACCCAACGUGUCUUUGAAAAUGAUCGCAGCGUCCUCUAUUUCUCCUGGCACCGAUAUGAGCACCAGAGCUUCUGGCCCCGGCUCCGCGAAUCAGAUUACGAUGUGGUGGGUCAGGGCCCCGGCCGCGGUUUCACUGUCAAUGUGCCCUGGAAUAAGGUUGGGAUGAGAAAUGCCGAUUACGUGUCUGUCUUCCUCCACGUGCUGCUCCCACUGGCCAUUGAGUUUGAUCCCGAGCUCGUGCUAGUGUCGGCCGGAUAUGACUCCGGCAUCGGGGACCCCGAGGGGGAGAUGAAGGCCACACCCGAAUGCUUCGCCCACCUGACCUUCCUGCUGCUGCCACUGGCCCGGGGCCGGCUCUGCGCAGUGCUUGAGGGUGGCUAUUACCUGCAGUCUCUGGCCGAGUGUGUGUGUCUGACCCUGCAGACUUUGCUGGGAGACCCUGUGCCAGCUCUCUCUGGGGAGCCAGUCCCUUGUUUGAGUGCACUGGAGUCAAUCCAGAACGUGAGAGCGGCCCAUGCCCCGCACUGGGCAAGCCUCAGGCAUGAAAACUCAGGCCCAGUUCUGACGCCUAGUACGUGGCAAGGGGACGCGGGACCCCCCCUAGUCGGGACCCCGUCCACAGGGACCACAGACGGGCUGAGGCCCCUCUUGGACAAGGUGCUCAGCUGCCCCCCACGUUCCCUGUGCACUGGCAUCGGCCUGGCUGUCCCUGACUCGGCCUCCGGCCUUAACCUGCCUCCAGCUCUCCUGCAGGAGAAGGGCGUGCCUCUGCGUGAGGAGGAGGAAGCCCUGUGGGCCAGGCUGGACUCGGCCUUCCCGCAGGACCAGGCCCUCGCUGCUCUGGGGAAGCCCUUGGCUCUGCUGGACGAGAUCCUCACUGGGCAGGUCAGGGCGGGGAUCGCUGUGUCUCCCACAGUUUCAGCUACCACAGUGGCGGCCCUCCGCAGGACCCUCAGCUGCGAGGCCCCGAGCAGGCUGCUCUGUGUGACUCUAGGAGACCUGGACGUUCCUGAGGACCUGAGGGAUGAUGGCCGAACACUCCUGCUAAACAUCGGGGGGAAGGAGCAGCCAGAGGCAGCCCCGUCCCCCAUGUGCAUCCGCCUGGUGGGGCACGAGGCCACAGAACCCGGGAGCUUCCUCUUGGCCCUCACCAGCCUCAUCCUCCCGGUGGCCUACGGUUUCCGGCCAGAGCUGGUGCUUGUGGUCCUGGGGCCCGGCUGUGGCCUCCGCAGCCUGGACGUGGAUCUGCUCACCAGGCUGCUCCAGGGACCUGCGGGGGGCCGGAUGCUGCUGCUGCUCCAGAACCCUGAGCUCCCAUUGGUAGAAGCUCUGGCCUGGGCCCUGGUGGGCCGACCCCUCCCCAGCACCUUGGGCCCCUUCCACUCGGCCUCCCCGGAGCAAGCCUCGGCCGUCACCCGUCUGUGCCGGCAGCUACAGCAGGACUGGCCCAUGCUGCAAGUGUCCGUGACCUGAAGCCCGCUCCUCGGGGCAGGUGAACCCCAAAACCAGGACCAGCCAGACACUGCCCGGGAAUCACCGCCAAAGUUGCUGGCCUCAGUGCUGACCAACGGACCCUGGGUCCCGAGCCUGGGGUUAGAAGCAGCUGAUUUGGAUUCGAACCCCACCUCCCCUACUAGGUGCCCGCGUGGUCUCGGACUGGUCACUUCCUUAGCUUCUGUCCUUUGUAUGUUGUUGGAGCUGGACUCUCUGAUCUUCCAGUUCUGAAUGGCCCCGGGGUUUAAUAAAAAUAACAGCUGGCUCAUA